UCCCGUUCAAUACGAAACGAAAUGACACGCGAUGAGUUCUGCCUCUGGAAAUUAGAUUAAUUUCUAUUAAAUGAAUAUCUCGUUCACUUCUACAUUUAGAAAGUAAAUUAAUCGUUUAAAUUGAUAAUCCUAAAAGAAUAUUAAGCAGUAAAAUAUCAACCAUUAAUUUCAAUUGAUUAUUCAUUGCGAUGACAAGUAUUUUUAAAAACUGCUAUCGAAAAUUGUACGUUCUCACGAAAUGUUUUAUUGACUGUUACAGAUAUCAAAAUGGGUUGUUUCGGGAGCAAAGACAAAUUGAGCAAAGAAGAUAUGGACUUCCUCAAGUCGCAUACGCGAUACGACGAGGCGACCAUAAAGGAAUGGUACAAAGGUUUUAAACAAGACUGUCCGAACGGCAGGUUAACGCCGGCGAAAUUUGUCGACAUGUAUAAAAUGUUCUUCCCGUCCGGCAACGCGGAAGAAUUCUGCGACCACGUGUUCCGCACAUUCGACAUGGACAAGAACGGCUACAUCGAUUUUAAGGAAUUCCUACUGGCGAUCGACGUAACGUCCAGCGGCACGCCGGAAGAAAAACUGAAAUGGGCGUUCCGUAUGUACGACGUUGACGGCAACGGCGUUAUCGAUAUGCAGGAAAUGACGAAGAUCGUCCAGGCGAUAUACGACAUGCUCGGCGCGUGUUCGAGCAAUCGGCCGGCGGACAGCGCGGAGGAGAGGGCGAAGAACAUAUUCGCGAAGAUGGACGAGAACAACGACGGGCAGCUGACGCAGGACGAAUUCCUCAAGGGCUGCCUCCAGGACGAGGAGCUGUCGAAGAUGCUCGCUCCUUAAUCCCGACGUCGCCGCACCUCCGGACGAGUCGUCGACGAGCGAUCGUAAAGGACAACCACGACCCACACCGACUCCCUCAGAGAACUCGACGGAAACGUCAAGGCCGCCGGCGCAACAAUAAGGCCACCACCGAAACGGACACUCGCCAACACACACGCAGCAUCGUUUACACGCGACGCGUAUCAACGACAAUUUCCUAUUAACUAUGACGUACGCUAUUAAUGGUGGCGUUCCGAUAACGAGGCCGUCGCUCGUGCCCGACGAGGAGGGCAUAGAGCCGUGAUAACGGAGGAUGAUCGAGAACGAUAGAUAAAAGGGGAGAAGCCGGCGAUUCAAACUCGAGUCGCUGUCGAUCCUCGGCGAGAGCGAGAUCUCCCGGAAAGAGAAAAGACUUUUCUCUCCAGAAAGAGGGAGAGAGACAGAGAGAGAGAGAGAUAAUCGCAGCGACGCAUCGCACGCCCAGAUUCUCGCACGGUUGACCGCGGGACCGCAGCCAACGGUGGUGUACGAUCGGUGGAAAAGAAGGUCUCGCGAAACGUGGGAAACGUUGAGAGAGUGUGGUGACAUCGUCGUCGACGAACGGAGGGGUGGGAUCUAAUUGGCUCGUGGAAGUCCUCGUCCGUUUCGCGAGCUCGCCACGUCGACGACCGCACAGCGGAUUCCGCCUCGCUCGGAUUCAGUCGUCCGGAUUCAGGAACGUCCUUCGGAGUGCGGUGACGGAAUUAACGCCGGCGAACAGAGACCCUUCCGUCCUCAUCAGAGGACAGAGGGGAGGCAGGUGACGACGUCGGCCGACGAGGACCGCGCGGCGGCUCCCGAAGCCCGCGAUUUCGCUCAACUGAUCCCGGACAAAACGACUCGCUGUCCCUUUUCCGGAUUACGGUCCCGGUCUAAUGACACACUCGGCGGAGACCGGAAACCCCGCGAAUCCUCUGAUGCGCUUCAGGAGUCGUUGAGACUUUGCACGCAGCUCCGCUGCAGGUUUGCUUGUCGCGGACGCGACCUCGAAGGUGCUGGCAGUUGGCACACGCUGGGGGUCUAACUUCAUUCUGGAUCUUAUCGAUAACUCGGAGGAGAUUCGCGUUGUUCUGUUUUUCCCCCCUCUUUUUUUGUUUGCGAACGCUUUCGCCUCGUAGUAGAAAUAAAAUUCAAGCUCGUCAAGAUUUCUUCGCGCAUCGCAGACUGCUUGAUUCGUGCGGGUACUCAAAGUGUAUACUGGCACGCCCUUACGCGCAUAAAUUACAAACGAAUCUCAAAUGUAAAUAGGUCUUGAAUUUACGUAAUUCCGAAACCGACUGCAGUUAGAUGCGAUCCGAUUUGAGCCCCGCGAAUUCUUUUCUUUCCCGGAAACUCGGGUCUUCGCACAAAGACAGCUUUUUUCUAAUUCACCGUAAGUACGUUAGAACAGCUCAAAGCCGACUGUGAUUUCAAUCUCGUGUAAGCUACUUGUUUAUCGUCACUUUAAUCUCCAUUCCAUUACUCA